AUGAUCAUUACUUUCUACAAAGAACAAUUUUCACGCCUCCUGAAUGUUGCGGAGAUGACCGGUCUCUACAACAAGUCGACAAAAUGUUUUGUUGACAACUUUCGCAUCGUCACAGUGGAUUCAGCACAAGGCAGCGAAGCGGACACAGUGAUUCUCAGCUGUGUCCGCUGCAACUUCAGUCAAUCAGUCGGUUUCAUCAAGAGCCCAAACCGUCUUUGUGUCGCAAUCAGUCGUGCAAGAGAAAGACUUGUUAUCUUGGGCAGUUCCAGCACAAUGAAAGUUGUGCAUGUGCUGCAUGAUAUCUACCGAGAUGCAAAACGCAAGGGCAAUCUGAUUGAGUCCAUUACAAUCUAA